AUGCUUAUCCAAAUGUUGACCCUCCAAUCGUUUCUGGUCGCAAUCGCGGCACUGGGUUCCGGCUCACUUGCGCAAACGGACCAGACACUGCUAGGACCGUCUUUCGAACCACCAGCUCAUCUUUCAACUCGAGCAGUAAUUCGAGAGGCUGUUUUCAAUAUUGAAAAGUCACUGAGCCACGCCAUUCGCACCGGAGAAAGCCAGUAUGGCAACUUCGACAGCAGCACGACGUCGUUUUCCCUGACUGCCGGUUCGCAGCAAGAGUCUGCCCCGAUCAUGGACUUCCAUCACACAUCUGGCUUCCUCAAUGCAUCUGCUGGAAGCACGUCAAAGUUGACAGCCGAUACAGUCUAUCGAAUCGGCAGCGUGUCAAAAGUGUUCACCGUUUACGCUCUGCUCCUGAACAAUGGCAUCAGCUACUGGGAUCGCCCCGUCACCGAUUUUGUACCAGAGCUACGCCAAGCUGUUCAGCGCCCGUCACACAAGUCGUCGGUUAUCGAUUCUGUUCAAUGGGACCAAGUCACGGUUGGGGCUCUUACAUCGCAGCUCUCUGGUAUGGGAAGAGAUUGUACGUUCUCCGCUUUCACUUUCAUCACAGUUGGCACUCUUACAAGGCGAAUGGCAGAUAAUUCGGGAGACUUGUCGGUUCAAGAUUUCCCUGCGACAGAGGCCGGACUGCCCAAUCUUCCUCCCCAAGACAUUCCUACUUGUGGCAUAAAUGAUGGCCAACUACCAUGUCUUCGCAAAGAAUAUUUUGAAGGUCUUAUCCAAAGACAUCCUGUUUUCCCAUCAUACGCCAAAGCCAUGUAUUCCAACGCAGCUUACAGGAUUCUCGCAUACGUAGUCGAAGAAAUUACCGGCAGGUCGUACGACGAAGUAGUCAUGAAGGGUAUUUUUCAGCCUCUAGGCAUGAAGCAUUCGAGCCCGCUGCCUCCAUCUCGCAAGGGGGCUGGAGUGAUUCCUGAUGGAGACGCGGGAUGGGGCAGGAUUUAUGGCGACGAGGUUGCCACAGGCGGUCUCCUUUCUUCGACAAACGACUUGGUAGAAUUCGGGCGCGCCAUAUUUGCCAACAAGCAACUGAAUCCCAUGGAGACACUUCGCUGGAUGAAGCCCGCCUCCUCGACAUCUUCCCAGUCCGUCUCCGUCGGUGCGCCAUGGGAAAUCGUACGAACUCGGAGCGGCAUCACGACCGGCCGCAUUGUCGAUCUCUAUACUAAAUCUGGUAGCGUCGGCGCCUACAACUCCUUGCUUAUCCUCAUACCCGACUAUCAAGUCACCUUGGCCAUUCUCGCCGCCGGGCCUGACAGUGCUACAGCAUUGCAAGUUGCCACCGAGAUGGCGAUUCAAACACUUGUCCCCGCACUGGAGAAGGCUGCGAAAGCAGAGUCAUGUCACAAGCAUUGCGGAAACUACGCACCGUCAGGCUUCGAGAAGAAUUCAUCCCUCGUCCUUACGGUCGACGAUGGACCUGGUCUGUUACUCAAAGAGUGGAUUCACCAGGGCCACGACAUCAUUGCCGCCGGACAAGCUUACGCGAACGCUACACGCGGCGGUCGUAUCAAUGCUGUGAGACUGUUUCCUACAGGUCUGCAGACAGGGAGCGAGGUUGCGUAUCGGGCGCUGUUCGAGACGAUUCCAUACCAAUACAGGCCAUCGGUCCAUAUGGUGUUUGACCCGACAGCAGGGAUCUGGGGGACGCCGGAUCAGCUCAUGUACGGGGGGGUUGCGGCAGACGACUUUGUGUUUCAUCUUGACGCCGGGGGAAGUUCAGCUGCGGUUCAGCCGCGCGUGUUGAGAGAGGUCUACAGCAGAGUGUGCGAGUAG